AUGAAGAACCUCACCCCACCAGGGCUCAUAGCAACCGGGAUACCUUGGUUAGAGUAUGGCCCUGGCCAAGCCACUUUGCAAAGCCCCUUUGCUUCUCCACGCAGCCGCAGCCCCUCGCCUGUCCCGCACGCGGCCCCGGCACUCCCAGCACCUCUGCGAAUGGAGCGCGGUCGGCCGCUAACUCUCCCGACAGCCGGAGGUCCCCCCAGCCCUGGCCCUAGCCCUCUAAGCCCUCUCAGCCCUUUGAGGCCCGUGAGGCCAGUCAGCCCCAAUCACCUGGCCGGAUCUUGGCCAUCAGCUCCAAACCCAGCUUGCCAAGUGCACCCCCCCAUCGUGACAAGAACAGUUAGCCAAGCCACCUCUGUACCAGCACCGAUUCCCAUAGCCCCCUCAUCAGAAGCGACGCAAACUGCUCGCAGCAACAUCAGCCGCAUGACAACGAACCCCUGUGUGGGCCGAGUGGUUUACUUGCCUCCCAUCACCAUUCCGCCUUCGGGACAGCCGGGCCAGACAGAGACGCCGGCCAGCCGAAGCCGAUCCAUCUCGCCGCUCAGAUCGCCAACUCCAGGAAUCGCGCAGGCUCCGAGGAUCAUCAACGACGUCGUGAUCCCGGGCAUGACCAGCCUGAGAGGAAGUGUGGAGGAGAAGCUGUACGAUGCAGCAGUCGAGGAUCCUCUGCCGACGACAGAAGUGAGGCUGUCCUCGCUGCCGAAGCCCAAUUCCAUGCCAGGCUCUGACACCAGCACUGACGCGCCGGGACACACGCCUCCCGCUCCUGCGCUGAGGGGCAUCACCAAGGUGUUUCGACGAGGCCUCCAUCCCGGAGAACGAGCCCAAGUCGAAUCGCUGCUCUUGCCGGCGGGGGAGAGCGAGCUGCGCCAUGCAGCGUAUCAGGAGUUCCGAUGGGCCUUGGAAAGCGGUGGCCGGGCGAGAGGGGAAACGAUCGAUCUCCCGGCAGCGCUGACGGUGGCCUGCACUGGCAGCGGAGGCCUGGCAGAGAACAGUCCGUCCUGCUAUGGUGGCCAAUUCCUGGUCGAGAAAUUCUCGCUCCAUGUCCUGAGCUAUGAUGGCUCCACCGGCAUUGUCGACAUGAAGGCAGAAGGCCCCCAGUCGGCCGAGUGUGAUGGUGCAGAAUUCCAGAGCGACGACAACAUGAUCACCAUCGAGAAUGAUCAGGGAUGUGGCUUGAGCAACUACGAGUACACCGUGAGGUACUGCCCGGAUCAGGACCAUGUCAUCGUAAACCUGGUGAAGCCCUACAACGCGCGCGUUGUCUUGCAGAGCCAGACCUGCCCUACCGCCGGUGAGGUCUGA